CAAACGGAAAGGCAUUCCCCACUUCCCCAAAAAGGCCACAUCUUUUCUCUCGCACAAAAGCCUCCGCCGGCCGCCGACCACCGACCACCAACAACCGGUCCACCGCCGUCGCCAUGUGGCGCGCCGCCGCCUCCCGCCUCCUCCUCCGCCCGCCGCCGCCCCUCCCGUCGUCCGCGGCGGCGGCGCUACGGCACUCCCGCCUCUUCUCCCCCUCCCCGCCCUCGCAGCCGCAGCCGCAGACGCCGCCUCCGGAGGUGACGGCGGCGGAAGCGAGGCGGCUGGUGCGGCUGGUGGGCGUGGAGGCGCUGAAGCGGCGGCUGCGGGAGGACGGGCGCGGCGAGGUGGUGCCCUACGGGGAGCUCCUCGACGCCUGCGUGGAGGCCGGCGCCGCGCGCACCCGCGCCGAGGCAGAGGCGCUGGCCCACGCCAUGGAUGACGCCGGCGUCGUCCUGCUCUUCCGCGACAAGGCCUACCUCCACCCCGAGAAGGUUGUGGAUCUGGUGAGAAGGGCAGUGCCGCUUGCGCUCGCGCCAGACAACGACAAGAGGAAAGAAGAGUUCAAGCAGCUCCAGGACAAGAAGGAAGAGAUCGAGAAGCUGGCGCACAAGCAAGUCCGACGAAUCCUGUGGACGGGCCUCGGGUUCUUCAUGACCCAGGUCGGCCUCUUCUUCCGUCUCACGUUCUGGGAGUUCUCGUGGGACGUGAUGGAGCCCAUCGCCUUCUUCACGACCACCUCCGGGCUGCUCGUCGGCUACGCCUACUUCCUCAUCACCUCGAGAGACCCGACGUACCAGGACUUCAUGGAGAGGAUGUUCGAGUCGAGGAGAAAGAAGCUCUGCGCCAAGCAUGGCUUCGACAUGCAGAAGUACCUGGAGCUGCAGAAGAACUGCAAGUGCCCUCUGGAAGGCCAUUACUCUCAUGGCCAUGACUCGUGAUGCUGCCGGAGCCGAAAUUUUCUUUCUCGACUUGUUUCUACGCUGACAGUGACAGUUCCCUCCUCUAGUUCUUAGAUUAGCUGCUAUUUACAGAGAUGUGUGUAUUUACAAAGUUACAUGUUUACAGAAAGAAAUCAGCAAUCUCCCAACUGGUUGAGCUGGUUUAGCCCUCUUAUCUGCAUCAAGUUGAUGAGCUGUGGUUUUAACAAAAGAGUGGUGGCAUUCAAACAA